AUGGGACAGAGUGUGCCGUCGCAACCGUCGCAGCCAUCGCAACCAUCGCAGCCUUCGCAACCAACCGGAAAUGGCAAUCAGCCAUCACCGAUCGCGAUGUUACGCAAGCUCCGCCUGCGGGCGUUUGUACCGGUGAACGGCGGAGGUCAGCCGCAAAUCCAGCAGAACGGUGGUAACUUCGCCCCGGCUCCACCUAGUGUGGCCACGGUGCCGGUGUCCACAUUCUUUACUACAAUUAUGCAGCUUCUUGGCGAAACCAGUACACCACUCCCAUCGAUGGCGCCGCAAAUACCCGUUACCGGCGCCGGCGGGGGUGGGCAGGCCGAAGUAACCACACAAAUGCCACUGGCUACAACAGCUACCACUGGCGCUGGUACAACAAGCACACGGCCGUCGAUCAACAUCGAUAUCAACAUUAAUUUAGGAGGGCCGACCAAUGCCAGUGGUACCAAUGUUAGUAACGCUUCGGUAUCGGCACCACCUGGAAGUGGGGGCGCAGGGAAUAAUAACGUGCCGAUUUCAGUUACCACCGCUCCUGCGCCACUAGCCACAACGCUUGCGCCGGCUUCAAUGGCCACCACAAUGCCUGCUGCAUCGGCUACUCAACCAAAUAACCCACAAAUGCCACCAUCAUCCGGCGCCACCGGUGGUAAUAGUGGAACCCAAGUGCUCUGUUUUUCCAUUCCUAACGAAUUAAUUGCUCAACUGCUAGCUGCUGCUGCUAAUCUGGGGGUGUCGUCAAUAACCAUGCCUAAGUCGGAACAGCCGGCGGUACCACCACGGGCAACCAUCACACCGUCACCCACGCCGCCACCGCAGUUACCACCGCAAAACCCUCCGCCGGGUCCGGCAGUGAAUUCGGAAGGCGGUAACGUGGGCAGCGAAACCGUGGUUAAUGAAGAACUAAUACCGAUUGUUACCAUCAACCCAGGGGCGGUGGCACCAGCCGCCACUCCGUUACCACACGCUCUCGUGACCAAUCCACCUGUUUUGCUUCCCGCCACCACGGCCAUGCCGCCGUCUUAUUAUGCCACCCUGGGACCGUACGGUGCUGGAUCGUACGGUGUCUUCCCGGCUGUAGCGCAGGCUACCACCACCCAGAUGGUCCCGGUAGCGCCAGCUGGUCCGGUGGUCCGCGUGGAAGGCGGUGUGGUGGCACCUUCUCCAUCCAACGCCAAUCCCUUUCCGGUUAUGCAACCGCAACAAUCCGAGACGGUUAAUAAUCCUGGAACUGUAGCCCCUGCGGUGACCGUUCCACCUGUUGCUGUUGUCACUACCAUGGCUACUGUGCCGCCAGUGCGGGCCCAGGUCACACUAGCACCUGUAUACCCAGCUCCAGCAGCAAAUAAUUAUGCCAACGCAAACCAGGGUUAUAAUGGAUAUCCGUACGCAGUCAGACCGCCAUCCGCUUAUGCCGCAGCUCCACCCGCCGUUCCAGUACGACUAGCCGCGUCGUCCAUAUCCUUCCCGGCAUACAUUCCGUCACCGAAUGGUAAUGGCUACGUUCAGGCAAUGGUGCAGCCAGUACCCUAUUAUACGUUCCCAUCGGCGACACAGAACAGAAUGGACAACAAUAUUGUUGCCUCCCGAGACGGCAUGUCGCAAUCUUUACUGCUAAAUAAUGCCAGCACCAGUGGGAUGACCAAUCGGGCGCUAGAUGCAGUGCUUCCGUCUACUUCUACUGAUGCAAAUGAGUUCCUGCAGGCAAUCUGCAACAAUGCUGAAUUUUGCCGGAUGCCGCUACGCUUACCAAUGAUGGAUUAUUGCAUAUAUUUACUGUACAAUAAUCGACGUUUUUCUGUAGGCGAUAAGGUACUCAAGAUCAACCGGGUCGUGUCCGAGCCAAACGAUGCCGCCAAUAUUAACGCUCAAGUUCAGCUACUUCAUCAAGCCUGGCCAGGCAUCAAAGAGGGAGAUGUAACGGGAAGAAUAACUGCAGCGGCAACGAGGGCUGACGGGACAACAUUUCUUUUUUCGCGUUGGAUGGAAAAUACUGGAAGUUUGACCAAAAUUAUCAGAUGGCCAGUGACUCACCAAAACACCUCGAUGCCGGAUUUCCUGGGAGCAAAGCGGUUUGAUACCGUUUACCAUGACCCGCUUUCCGGCGACUUAAAUUUUGUUGAUGGAGGAACCUACUCAGCGUUCAAUCAUAAACGUUUCCCGCCGUUUCGCGGUCCAUUUGAUCUGCGGAGUAGCGAGAAUGCUGACCAGCUGCCGGCUGGAGUGAAAAUCGAUGCCGCCUUUACCGAAGGCUCGGAUGUGUAUUUUAUUAUGGGCCGUCCCACUAUGGUCUACCGGCUACGAGUAGCAGUCCGGCCGGCGUGGCCAGGACCACGAUUACCGAAUGUCGAUACUUUAAGAAAGUUCGAACUUAUUCCCCAAUACCCUAAACCGUUCCGGUCAAUAUUACCAUGUAGUUGAUUUUUUUGUACGACACAGAUUCUGUUGAUUUUGGUUUGUAUUUGAUUGAUGGGUUUGUUGAUGCGGAAAACUUUCUAAAUCGAUGAUUUCAACUAAAUUCGGAUGGUAAAUAAAGAUGGACACGAGACGUGAAUUAA